GACGCGGGUGCACUCUGAAGAGGUCUGAGGCGGAGGCGCGGGCCCCUGCGGCGGCCAUGGCGGAGAGGCCUGAGGACCUAAAUCUGCCCAACGCUGUCAUCACCAGGAUCAUCAAGGAGGCGCUCCCGGAAGGUGUCAACAUCUCCAAGGAGGCCCGGAGCGCUAUCUCCCGCGCCGCCAGCGUCUUCGUACUGUACGCCACUUCGUGUGCCAACAAUUUUGCUAUGAAAGGGAAGCGCAAGACUCUGAACGCCAGUGAUGUGCUCUCGGCCAUGGAAGAGAUGGAGUUCCAGCGGUUCAUUACCCCCCUAAAAGAAGCCCUGGAAGCAUACAGGCGGGAGCAGAAAGGGAAGAAGGAAGCUUCAGAGCAAAAGAAGAAGGACAGAGACAAAAAGACAGAUUCAGAAGAGCAAGACAAGAGCAGGGAUGAGGACAAUGAUGAAGAUGAGGAAAGGCUGGAAGAAGAAGAACAGAAUGAGGAGGAGGAGGUGGACAACUGAAUGGGGUGGGGAGAUGGAGGCACCUUGGAAGGUACCACGCUGAAAAUGUGGUACAUGUUUAUGUGAAGCUUUUCCCUGGUGGGCAGAGUAGUCUUAGGCUGAAGUGCCUGAGAAAAUGGAAAUAAAACUGACCAAACAAUACCAGGGCUUCCCAGACUCAGAGCAUCUAAGUAGCCCUGUUUUGCUUAAUCAGUCUGAAGGUUAUGACUUUUUGACAAGAGAUUCUGAACAGCUGAUGGAAUUAGCCAGUUUGAUCUCCCUUGUUUAGUUAUAUAUAUGGUUAGGCAGUUUUUUAUCCCCAUUUUCCCCUCCAGAAACUAAGUAAUAAUAAUAACUUCCAUACUGUUUGCUGUGUUCCAAAUCACAGAGGCAGUUGAGGCUCAGGAAAAAUUUGGGCUUU